AUGGAGAGAGGCUCUAGAGAAAUACUCAGGUCUUUGGCAGAAGAAAAUGAAAAACAUGAAAAGCUCCGCCUAGAAAGAGAACAGGAGCAGAAGAAGGCCAAUAUACAAAGGGUUAACAAUGCCAUUCAUGUGGAAGAGCCAAGGAAUGAAAUGCUGGCAGUGCCCAUCUCUCCCCCUGCACCAGCCCCUCCACCUCCUCCGCCUCCACCCCUAACAGCUCCCAUAUCUGUCAUUCCCAUUCCUGUUGUUACCAGCCCCCCUCAACAAGCAGCGCAGACCGCCUUGUCUCCUCCACUCGUACAACGCCACCAGCCUCUUGUAAGCACUCCCAGCAUCACUAAGGAAGCGUCUUCAGUUGCACCUGUCAUACAAAGACCAUCUGGCCCACUUCUUCCAGACGUGAAAGCUGCUACACCUCCAUCAGGUAGUCCAAAGCAGCUCCAGCAUUAUGCAGCUCCAGUUCUGGCCAUCUCUCAGCACCAUGUUGUUCAGCAGCCAAUACAGCCCCAGCCUCAGUCACAUCAACCUCUGCAGCAGCAUCCAGGACCACCUCCGCAGCUCAGUGCUCUAAAGCUGGCUCCAGCAGAAGAUGCCAAACCAAAUGAGCAGAAGAAAAGACCUGGAGGGGUUGGGACCAGGGAAGUACAUAAUAAAUUGGAGAAGAACAGACGUGCGCAUUUGAAAGAAUGCUUUGAGACAUUAAAACGCAACAUCCCCAAUGUAGACGACAAGAAGACCUCAAACCUCAGUGUUCUAAGGAGUGCCUUGAGAUACAUCCAGACUUUAAAGAGAAAGGAAAAAGAAUAUGAACACGAAAUGGAGCGGCUAGCAAGAGAGAAGAUCGCUACCCAGCAACGGUUAGCAGAAUUGAAGAAUGAGCUAAGCCAGUGGAUGGACAUCUUGGAAAUUGACAGAAUUAUUCGACAGACAGUUCAGCCAGAGGAUGACCAAGCAUCUACCUCGACAGCAUCAGAGGGUGAAGACAACAUUGAUGAAGACAUGGAAGAUGACAGGCCAGUGAACUCAUUACCAAAACUAACCCAGCGCCAGCACCCAGAGCUGCUGAAAGCCGUCCCUUCAAAUGCUGCUUCACAUCACCCAGCAGUUUUGCCUCAGCACCUAUCUAUACAGCAGAAACAAACCCCAGCCCACGCACAGCCUCCCAUCCAGACACAAGCACUGGUCCAGCCGCAGGCGAUUGUCCCAGCACAGACUCACAUCGUGGCGGCUUCAACAGUGCAAUCGACUGUUAUUGCCCACACCGCCACUACCCAUGCUUCGGUCAUUCAGACUGUCAACCACGUGAUUCAGGGUCCACAGACCAAGCACAUUGCUCACAUUGCACCUUCCACGUCCAGCCCUGUGCAACUCACCACUGCUGCUCAGCCUAUUGGCCACAUCACUGUGCACCCAGCAACCAUCAAUCACAUGGCUCACCUUGGCCAGCAGUUGCCCAUCUAUCCUCAGCCUGUGGCUGUCAGCCAGCCAGUAGUGAGCCACAUUGCUCACACUAUUUCUCACCAGCAAGUGAAUGGAACCACAAAUCUUGGCCAGCAAGCAGUGAUGGCCAAACCUGCUGUAGGAACCCAAGUUGUCCAUCAUCCACAGUUAGUUGGGCAAACAGUCCUAAAUCCGGUAACUAUGGUAACCAUGCCAUCAUUCCCAGUGAGCACACUGAAGCUGGCCUAGAGAGGAUAGUGCGAUGGCGAAGUCUUUUGUGGGAACCUUUCCUAAACUCCAUACAUUCCAACCACGUCUGAUUCUGAGGGAGAGAAGUGCAGAAAACUGAGAAGGGCAAGACACACGGGUUGGGGCCUCUUGGGGCUGUCCUCAGCUGCUCAGUAACCAGCCUGCCAGUGAUGAUGAGAAAUGGGGCCUCUCUGCACUUGAAUUUUGCUAAUCAGAGAAAACUUUAAAGACAGUUGUUCAUGGUGAUUUUUUUUCCUUUUAUGUGUAAUCAGUGAAAUAUGGAUAUGAUGUUCUUAAGACUUUAAUUUUCCCCUUUCAUGUGUUGCUUCUUUGUAGAAUAAAAAUUGCUGAUGAUCUCUUUAUUGAGACGUUGUGUAGAAUGGAAAAAAAUCAUAGAAGUCUAUAUUUAUAUAUAUGUGUGUAUGUGUGUGUAUAUAUAUGUAUAUACAUAUAUAUAUAUAUAACAUUUGAAGAAGGCCUUUGGUAAGGUUGAUUAUUUUGCAGGAUUAUUAGACAAAAUUCAUUUUUGGAGGAAGAAGACAGAGUGACCUCUCUAAACAAGAAACUUUUAAGAUAGAUGGUUUGGUGGACCAGGGUACAGAUACAGUGACAAAAAAAGGUAAACCAUGUUAAAGGUAUUUCCCUUCAAUAUAUAACAUUUCAAAAAAAA